GGAUGCGUUUUUUUAUCGACAUCAGCCAAGCUUGGGUUGGUCUUGGGUCUUCCAAACUUAAUCCGUAAGCCCAACAUCAUGUGUAUCCAAGCCCAUACGAUGUGUGACCCUGGCUCUAUCUCAUCUCAUCUCAUCUCUUCACAAACGGUCAGUCGAUCGAUCUCUUCCACGACUCAUCUCUUUGCCUUUUCUCCUUCUCGAACGGAUCUAUCAAUCGAGACCGUAUUCAUGAGUGUGCAAUGAAUCCGGUGGAUAACUCAUUAAUGGAUUCCUUUCGCCUUUCCCCCUCUGAUUUUCUAUUUAGCUUUCGAUUUUUCCCCAGAUCUAUUACACACAAAUCUCUCUCAAACCAUGAAUUCCAACAUGCAAAAAAAUGUUUCCGGCGAUCUCACCGCGAAGAAAUCAAAUGGCAAGGUCGUCGUCUCCUCCGCCGAACCAAACUCCGGCGAUCUUACCUCGAGGAAACCAAGCGGCAAGGCCGUUGCCUCCUCUGUCGAGCCAAUCGUACGAGCCGGCUUCACCGGAGUCUCCCCUGUUUCUGUUUCCGGUGAUCCAAAAUCCAAGAAACUAAACGGCAAGGCCGUUGUCUCCUCCGCCGAUCCUAUCUCCGGCGAUCUCACCGUGAAGAAACCAAACGGCAAAGAUGUUGACUCCUCCGCCGAGCCAAUCAAACGAGCCGGCCACACCAUAAUCUCUCCCGUUCCAGUUGUCUCCGGCGAUCCAAAGUCCAAGCAGAAAAACGGUAAGGCCGUUGUCACCUCCGCCAAGACGAUCAAACGUACCGGAAAUGCCGGUGGUUCGUGCGCCGAUGUUGUCUCCGGCAAGCUUACACCGAAGAAGUUAAAGGGCAAGGCCGUGGACUCCUCCUCCGUCGAAGUGCUGUUCUUCAAAGAUGUCAAGUUCAGACCUCAAGAAGGCGAGCUGAGGUUUCGUCUGAUCCAUUUUUGGGAGGCUCGGAACACACACACGAAGAUACUCAUUGGUAUUGAGAUGAUUCUCAUCGACGAACAGGUCUGUCCAUUUUUAAGAUUUUGCUUGGUCGCUAAAAUACUAACAAACUCAUUGCUAUGUGUUCGCUAUCGACAGGGUACUGUGAUCCAGGGGUUCAUUCCACCGAGCAGGAUUGACACUUAUUUGCCACAUAUGAUCGCUGGUUCUCUCUACAGGCUUAUUAAGUUUUAUGGAUCAAAGAGCAAGACUAUGUAUCGAGUUUCUGAGCAAGACGUGACCAUUUCUUUCUCAUGGAAUUCUGUCCUCUCUGUCCUCGAGAACUGCCCGGUUCAGUUCGUUGAAGAUCGGUUCCGUUUCUAUGGUUAUGAAGAGUUUGAAUCAGCCUGUGACCUCAAGGGGGAUCUUUAUGGUAAGCUUCACCAGAUUCUGUGGUUUAGCUCUCGAUUGUUUUAAAUGAUGCUAUGUUUGAUCUUAGUUGUUUAUGAUUGGUUUGUUGGUAAAUGUAGUAUUAAGUUCUAUUUAACUUCUUGCAGAUUAUAUUGGUCACAUUAAGCUGGUGAAUGAGCAGGCAUUGGGUGACGGUCUUGUGCUUGAUGAAGUUGAGAUUGUUUCUUCACGGCGAAUUCUGGUUCAUGUUCAGACUCAUGAUGGUCCUGUGAUGAAGCUUUAUUUAUGGGACACUGCUGCUACGGACUUUUGUUUGAAAUUUAAAGCGCAAGAAAACACUCCAAGUGUUAUCCUGGUGACUACCGUAAACCCGAAACGAUUUGGAGGUCAGUAUUAUUUAAAAUGAUUAUGGUUUAUAGUUGUUGAUAGGAUGCAUGAAGAACAUAGAUUAGACACCAUAGGUGUGGAAUAAGCUUUUUUAACUUUUGUUUUGUGCUAAAUUGUUAUUGUUGUGUCUGAUGACAUUUGCUAUGCUGCAGGCACCCUUACUAUCUCCUCUCUGUCAUCUUCACGUGUGUUCUUAGACCUGGACGUGCAACCAACCAAAGAUUAUCUGGCUUGGUAUGUUUUCUUUUGUUGUAUAUGCAAUUUGAAACAUUUGACUUAUUUAAUUCUGUGUAACGUUUAUUUCAGGCUGGGUUCAAACUCGGAAGCUGCUAACAGGAUCAAUGCUGAUAUAGUGACAAAGGCUGAGACAGUCACUAUAGGAGAGCUAUUUACCUACAUCAAGCAGGAGGGAGCAAAGGUAUAUUAUAUCAUGCGUUUUUACACAGUCAAUACGCUUGCUUUGGUUAUUCAUAAGAUACUAUAUUUCAAAUGCGCAGGUUGCUUGGUUUGAGUGCACAGCCACCAUUGAUGAUGUUGGUCAUAGUUUGGCAUGGUAUUAUAUAGCUUUGCGGUGGUUGUAAAACUAAGGCGACCAAAGGGCCUACUACACUUAUGUGUAAGAAAUGUGGAAAAGCUGAAGUGGUCGGUGUUGCAGAGUAAGUGUUUAUAUUAUCUUUACAUCAGACGUUUAGCAACAAUAACUAAUGAGCUUCUGUCACAGGUACCUCACAAACCUCUCUGUCUAUGACAAUAAUGACCAUGCGCGUUUUGUGCUUCUCUGUGAUGCUGGGCGUGAUCUGACUGGGAAGCUAGCCUCUGAAUUGGUUGAGAGCUACUUUGAGGCCAAUGAGAGCGUAGGUGAUGAUGCCGUUGUCCCAGUGCCUCAGGCUCUGAUUGACACAAUUGGGCAGACUCGUAAGUUCGUUGUGAAGGUAUCAAAACACAACUUGGAAGGCAAGACCCAAGCUUUGACUGUAACAAAGGUGCUGCCACUUGAAGUUCCAGUGCUUGAAGACGUCCUAGAUGAGAAUGUGGCUGAGGAACCUGCUGAUGGAAGGGAUGAUGCUGCGGGUGUGACUGUGAAAAGGAGCUCUAAUGGAAUUGAGUCAGGAGAGACCAAGCGUGCCAAAUGUGGCUGAUAAAUUUUAAUACUGUUUUUUUUUUUUUUCUGUUUCAUGAAGACUAUGCUUUGUUUCUUUCGUUUUGGAUUUUAUUUUCCCAGCAUUUAAACAACUUUGGUGUUUAAUAAAGACUAUGUUUUGCUUCUUCCUGUUUUGCUUAUCGGUUAUGUCGUGUUGCUUUGCUCAUUUAGUAUUGUUGCAACCUUUGAAACGUUUGAUAGUGUUAGUUUGGUUAAAUAUUUCUUAUUUCAAGUUGUUUUGAUCGCUUUAGUGUUGCUAAAUCUUUUAUGUUUUAGUAUUAAGUGAGCUGUGGUAAAUUUCUCAUAUUUAUUUUAGGUGUAAUUUUAUUUUAAAUGAUAGCUGAUCUAUCUGAAUAUGGUCAACAUAAAAAUAAGUUUUAUCUGUUUUCUUUAUCAAACCAAAGUUUCAAUGAUAAGAAAUUUUACCUAAUAUUUUUAUGCUUAUUUGUAUUAUUAAAACAAUAUUAAGAAUGCCAUUUUCAAUAAAACUCUUUGUUUCCCUUUAUUUUGAACUUUGCAUCUAAAUUAUUAUUUUUUAUAUCAUGAAAGUAAUAUUUAGUAUUUCUAUGGUAUCAAUUUAAUUAGAAAUGUGAUUCCAUAAAUAAUAUUUUCGAUCCUUUCGAGUAGGGUCCCAAUAUUUAUGAAAAGCUAUUUUCCCCAAGACAAGACUUUUUUGUUUUAUUUGGAGAGAAAAAAAGACAUCUGCAUUAGAGCAUCUAUAAGCACAUUCUAAUUUCUCAUCUAAAAUAGAGUUAGAGUCAAAUGUCUCGAUUGUACUAUAUUUUUAUUUUGUGAUAUAGUAAAAAUAUGUUUACUCUAUACAUAGAAUAAUUUAAUUAUUUUUUUAUUCUUUAAUCUAUUUUCACUCUAAAAUAUAGUACGAUUGGAGUAAUAUCCAUUUUAUUAUAGAAUAACUCUGUUAUGAUAACAAAAUAAAUAGAGUGAAUCAUUAAAUAUGGUAUUAGUGAACAUCUUAUAAAAUAUCCAAAUGAUAAUAAAAAAAAUCAAAGAAUCACAAUAAUAAAAAAGCCACUCCAUUGGAAUAGUUUUACUAUAUUGAUAAAAACUCAUUUAAUAGUUGUCAAAUGCUUAUUAGUCAAGUUUGACUUGCAAACUUGACAUUUGUAGUGUAAUUCUUUAUAUAUAACAAAAUUUGUAUUUGGCAUCUAGAAAUAUUUAACCAGUCCAAGAUAUCGAAAAUAGAACCAUACUUAAGUAUUUAAUGGAGGAGAGACCAGGAAAAAAAAACUACUUAUACCAUUUGAUUGACAUAAUCCAACGGUUGAUACAAAAGUGAAGACUUCCACCAGCUGAAAGUGAAGAAUAUAGUGUACAAAGA